AUGCUCAAACGAGUCGAUCCUACGAACACAGUCUUUGUGACUUACUUGCAAACAAUUGAUACAACUGUUGAAACUGGAACUCUUUUGGAAAGGGAAGAGACAAAGUUCAAAUGUACGAAGAAGACUGAUGCUGGUUCUUCUGAGAAACAAAUCAAAGAGUCUAAAUCUACAAAGGUUACAAAGAAGUUACCAGUUACUGAAGCAGAGCCAAUAAUACCCGAAGUUUCAAUUGUUGAUACACCAUUAACUCAAAAAGAAAUUAUUCCUUCGAAGACCGGUGUUUUUCAAAGAAUCAAAAUGAAAUCCAAGCACAAGAGCCGAUCUCCACUCACAAAUGUCGUACGAAAGCCACAUGUUAAUCAUCAGGGAGUCCUAAUUCGUGAAAUUCCAGCGCCCGUUUCUCCAUCCUCAAAGAAAUGA